UUCAUUCUUCUUCCUACUCAAAUUAAUUCCAAAAACCCUCAAUUUUGUUCUUCCAUUUUUCCAAAUUCUAACACAAUAAUUAAGUUAAAUACUUCAUUUUUAAGUACUUUACUACAUUAUAUAUACACAAUGUUCGAUUUUCCGAUCCCUGACAUGUCAUCUUCCCGGCGGUGCGUCUGGGUAAACGGCCCCGUCAUCGUCGGCGCCGGCCCGUCCGGCCUGGCGGUGGCCGCCGGCCUGAGAAGCUCCGCCGUGCCGUUCGUCGUCCUCGAACGCGCCGCCUGCAUCGCCUCCCUCUGGCAGAACCGCACCUACGACCGACUCAAGCUCCACCUGCCCAAGCAAUUCUGUCAGCUCCCGGGACUCCCGUUCCCGGACCACUACCCGGAGUACCCAUCCCGGAAGCAAUUCAUCUCGUACCUGGACUCCUACUCCCGGCACUUCGACAUCCACCCGCACUUCAACGAGCGCGUGGACUCCGCCAAGUACGACGACGGUUGCCGCCUGUGGCGCGUCCGUACCGUCGGCGGCGACGGCGGCGAGGUGGAGUACAUCUGCCAGUGGCUGGUGGUGGCCACCGGCGAGAACGCCGAGCGGGUGGUCCCGGAGAUCCCAGGACUGGCGGAAUUCGGCGGGGAAGUGAUCCACGCUUGUGAGUAUAAGUGCGGGGAGCGUUUUAAGGGGAAGAAGGUUCUCGUCGUCGGCUGUGGUAAUUCCGGGAUGGAAGUUUCUCUCGACCUCUGCAACUAUGGCGCCAAUCCUUCCAUGGUCGCCCGGAGCUCGGUUCAUGUAUUGCCAAGGGAGAUAUGGGGAAGAUCGACGUUCGAGUUAGCCAUGUUGAUGCUAAAAUGGCUACCUCUAUGGCUUGUGGACAAGAUUUUGCUGGUUUUGGCUUGGAUCAUUCUAGGAAAUAUCGAAAAGCACGGCUUAAAAAGGCCGGCGAUUGGCCCCUUGGAACUAAAGAACACGCGAGGAAAGACCCCCGUGUUGGACAUCGGAGCCCUCCAAAAGAUUAAGUCCAAAGAAAUUCGAGUAGUGCCGGCGAUCACAAAGUUCCUUUGUGGUACGGUCGAGUUUGUUGAUGGCCAAAAGCUUGAUAUCGAUGCUGUUGUUUUGGCCACCGGAUACCGUAGCAACGUGCCAUACUGGUUGCAGGAAAAUGAAUUUUUUGCAAAGAAUGGGUUCCCGAAAGCCGAAUUCCCAAAUGCGUGGAAAGGGCAAGACGGGCUAUACACGGUCGGGUUCACAAAGAGAGGGCUGGCCGGGGCAUCGGUGGAUGCCGUGAACGUAUCACGAGAUAUUAGCAAUGCAUGGAAGGAUGACUUGAAGCAAAAAAAGCAAAGAGUAUCUCCUCUAAGAAGAUCCAUUUCUACUUUUUAGAAUUAUAUAUAUAUAGUUAGAAGAUCCAUUUCGAAUUUUUAGCCAAAUGGUCUUCCUUUUUUUCUUUUUUUUUUUUUUAAAAAAAAUAUAUAUAGAGAGAGAGAGAGGAUAUCUACACUUGCAAAAUUAUUUGUAAAAUGCAAGUGAGAAGAAGAACAUCCGCGAAGCCCCAACUGUUUUUUGAAGAUUGGGUGCUUUGUUUACUAUGCGGAUUAAGAUAUCUAAUUCCUUUUUUUUUUCUUUUUUUUUUUUAUGUUUGUUUUACGAAAUAAUAAAGUUGUAAAAUUAGUUAUGAUCCUAUUUUGUCGA